AUGGAGAUGGAGUCAGACUACAAUGCUAGAAAUCCGAGACUAACUGAGAGCCUUGAACAGCUACGUGAGGAAACUAGCAAAGACACCACACUGAACACAUUACACAAAGUAAUUGUCAACGGGUGGCCAGCAGACAGAACAGACAUCCCAAAGUCACUGCGUCCCUGCUGGAAUUACGGGAACGAGCUGUCAGUGAAAAAUGGCAUUUACAAAGGCGCCAAAGUUAUGCUACCUCAGUCGAUGCAAAAGGACAUGCUUUGCAAGAUCCACGCCAAACACUUUGGUGGAGAAUCGAAGAUAUGUAUGUACGUGAAGUCCUCUUUUGGGCAGGAAUGCAAAAGUCCAUCCAAGACGUGUGAUGCGUGUAGUAGUUGCGCCCAGUAUGGCCAAUCUGCACCAAAAGAACCAAUGAAAUCCUUACCAAUAGUACGCCAGUNCGCCAAAGUUAUGCUACCUCAGUCGAUGCAAAAGGACAUGCUUUGCAAGAUCCACGCCAAACACUUUGGUGGAGAAUCGAAGAUAUGUAUGUACGUGAAGUCCUCUUUUGGGCAGGAAUGCAAAAGUCCAUCCAAGACGUGUGAUGCGUGUAGUAGUUGCGCCCAGUAUGGCCAAUCUGCACCAAAAGAACCAAUGAAAUCCUUACCAAUAGUACGCCAGUAGCAGUAUUCUAGUUCUAGGGAGUUUAUUGGCCCCUAUAAAGUCCCCUGGGAAAUUCAAGCGAGUUAUAAUUCUCCGCAACACAGGUAGCACUGCUGAAGCCUUUUCAUGGCUCACAUUCCUGUAGAACCAGACCCAGCAGCUGUGGCAGCUACUGCUCCAGCAGAACUUGAACUGACACCAGCAUCAACUGCCAAGAUAUUGUGUUUUAAGAUGCAUAUACUCUACUGAAUUCAGUAAUUUAUAUUUAUUGUUUUUUCAAUUGUUCUAGAACUUGGCACUUAGCAGCUUAUCGCCAGUUUACAUGGUGGGCACAAGGUGCCUUGGGAAAGAAAAACUGGCAAUAGUGAAAGAAAUUCGACCUGAGUUUCCUUUACAAUGGGAGCAUUUCAUGUACAUAUUUAUGCUCUGAUAGGUCGCCUUGCCUAAUAAAAAAUUGUCUACAAAAUUGACGCACAUUUCGUUGUUACCUAUUUCAGUUUCCCUACACCUUUUUGGAACCAUUUUGCUUAUCUCCUUCCCUUUUGCGUAAUUCCCAAGGCUGCCCAGGAUGUUGUAGACAAGGUCAAAUGCAAGAUAGAAGUGGUGAAUUCAAAAAUUUCCCAAAAUACUGUUAGCCAGGCUUUUCAGAACUUUCGACAACUUCUGCUCCAUCCCCCUGGUGUGUUUGAUGUCCACUCGGCCAUGGCAGCUUUUGAGCAUUUAUCUGACAACGCUCCCGAGAAUGGUGACCAACAUGCCCGAAGAUACAAAGCUAUCCUUAAGCAAACCAAGGGCCUUUUUGAAAACCAAGCUAUUCAGCGAAUUCUCUUGAGGCUCCUUGGAACUAAAGAGGAGAUAACCAUAGCAAAAGAGAUAGAGAAGUCUACUAAAAGUUACCGCUUUUUAGUAGUCAGGUCUUCAAUAGCCAACUUCCUCUGGCCAGAGCUCACUCAUACAUCAACUGUUACGCUUGUGGCCUGGAACACAGCA